GCUACUGAAAAAUGAUAUUGAGAGUAAAUAAUAAUGUUUAUUCAAUAUUGAUUAAAUCGAAAAUAGCAACAUUAAUGAAUAAACUGAAUUUCCAAAAAAGCUUGCAAACAAAAACAUAUUGAAAUAAAUCAACACAAAUUCUCAUUCACCUAAAACAGCAAGAAAAUAACAAAAUACCUAUAUGUUAAAAAAAUCGAGUAACAAUCUGAGGAUAACGGAGUGUUAGACCGUUUUAGCCUUAUUUCUAAGACAGCAUUUUCUAAGCUUAGUACUAUCAUCAAAGUAUUCGUCAUUAACUUGAAGAAAAUGCCUUAAAUCAAGUUCGACACUUAAUUGUCAAAACUUUUUUGAAGAAAUCAACGAUGGAUCCUAAUAAAUUUCAUCCCGAUUGCCGUCCAGGCUCGCGAAAACCUUGGGAUUUACUUUCAGACAACCACAGAAGAAAAAUUAAGAAAAAAUAUUAUGAUUCGUUCGAUGCUACCUUGCAUUGUAAUGAACUUAGCUCUAUGAAUAGUAAUGCAGUUUGUCACAGUAUUAAUAACAGUACAUCGUGUAAAGUGCUGGUGUUGGAUAAAAAUGUAAGUGAAAGCCAGAUAAGAGAAGAAAACUCAUCUAUUAUCCAAGAAGAAAAUGUGACUGAGAAGCCGAUUGAAGAAAGAAGCUUAUCUGAAAUGCAAGAGACAAAUAAUGAUAGUUUCGCAAAAGAUGAUAGAGAAUCAUCAUUACGAUUAUUGAAAUUACCAAGCAAUUUCAAUGAUAAAGUUGGAAAUAAAAUUAUUUAUAUGCAAGGAUUAUUUACGUCUGCUGCUCCUGACGAAAGUUGUUCAACAUUAGAUACGAAUAACAUCGCAGAGCAAGAAGAGCCGACAAAUAUUGAAUCAUUUGCACAAACAUUAAAAGCGCAUCUGGCGAAAUGUUUUGUUGAAAAUAAGCUGAACCAAGUGCAAAGUAAUGCUGUAUUAAAGGUUGUAAGACUUCACCCAUCACUACGAUUCUUGCCUCAAGAUUGUCGGUCUCUAUUAAAAACUCCGCGCGAUAAAAUUACAGUGAAAGAAGUCGCUCCGGGAGAAUAUUUACAUCUUAGCUUGGAAAAAAUGCUACAAUCUAUUUUAAAUCGAGUACGAUUUGAAUCAAUACCUGACAAAUUAUUGAUUGAUUUCAGUACAGAUGGUGCAGAAUUAAAUAAAGAAACUACCUUAUGGCCUAUUCAAUUUCGUGUUGUUAAUUUGGAGGAAUAUGAUAAGCCUGAGCUUCUUGGUAUUUAUCAAGGCGACAAGAAGCCACAGUCUUUUACUGACUUCUUCGCGGAUUUUGUUAGAGAGGUGGAUAAUAUUAUAAUGAAAGGAGGCAUAGAAUAUAAACAAAAAAAAAUUCCUAUUGAACUUAGAUGUUUUAUUGCUGAUGCUCCGGCUCGGGCUUCAGUACUUAAUCAUCGCGGUCAUACGGCAAAAAUUCCCUGCUCAAAGUGUCAUGUCGAAGGAUCUCAAUACGGUGGAUCUAAUCGGUUUCCUGGUAUAAACUAUAAGCCUAGAACUGAUGCUGAUUAUAGAGCGUUGAAAGAUGUAGACCACCAUGAAGGAAAAUCGGCUCUGCAUGAUCUGCCAAUAGAUCUUGUACAUCAAGUAUCUUUUGACUAUAUGCACUUAGUGUGUUUAGGCGUAAUGAAGAAAACUAUUGAAUCGGUAGUGUUCGGGAAGUGUAAACUCAAGAAACUACCAGGUUUUAAAGUGAAGCUGCUUUCAAAUCGAUUAAUAACUCUUCAACUGUACUGUCCAAGAGAAUUCGCUCGAAUACCUCGAGAGUUGGAUAAAUUGGUUAAUUUUAAAGCCACAGAGUUUCGUCAGCUGCUUCUAUAUACUUUUAUAGUUGUAUUUCGCGGACUAAUUACUGCUGAACAGUAUGAUCACUUCCUGUUGCUUCACUCUUCCGUGCGGAUUUUAUUAAAUAAUUCAUCUACCCCAAAAGAUGUGGACUUUGCAGAAGAAUCAUUAAAAACUUAUGUGAUUAAGGCUGAAGAUAUUCACGGCUUGCAGUUCCUGACUUAUAACACUCAUGGUAUAUUACAUCUUCCUGCGGACUAUAGAUUAUACGGAUCUCUGGAUUCUGUUUCUGCAUUUACAUAUGAAAAUAAAAUGCCCGUUUAUCGUGGUUUUGUAAGAAAACCAGAUAAACCGCUUCAACAAAUUUAUAAGAGAGUUAAUGAGGAAGCACAAUUUUCUGCUGUCACAGAAAAUGAUACCAAAAUUUUUAAAGCUUCCGGCAUUCAUAAUUGUGGUCCGAUUACUAGCGUAUUUGAAAAUUUAUCAAUUCAGUAUGAAAAUGUACAAACUCCAACUUUUUUCUUUUCUAUUCAAAAUAAUGAUAAUACAAUAAUUACCAAACAAGGUAGAAUUGGUAUUAUAAGAAACAUCAUUUUUUGCAAUAAUAAUUACUAUUUUGUUUUACAUUUAUUUGAGACGUUACAAUCAUUUUACACAAUUUCAAAUCAGCCGUCUACUAAAUUUGGAGUUUAUCUAUGUACUGAACUCAAUGAUACUCGACCUGUCAUUAUUACAUAUAGUGAAAUACAAAGCAAAUGUUAUAGAGUUCCAUUGUGGGUAAACAAGCAAUUUGUAGAUCAUACUGUUAAUGAUGAACAGUUGAAUAAUGCAUUCGUUUCUAUUACUUUAUCUUGUACUAUUCUGAAUUGAUAUAUAGAGUUAAUUCCAUAAUUCUAGAUAUAACCAUUUAUAAAAUAAUGUCUCUCAGUGUUACAAUAUUUUUAUUUUAAUAAUUAGAGAUAAAUAUAAUAUAUAUUAGAGAAAAAAGAUGCUAUUUUUAUAAU